AUGUUAAAAACAAGUAAAUUCAAGAUGAGACGAAUUGAUCGAAUUUUGUUUAGUGCCUUAAGACGAGAGGUUUACGAAAAGCCUGAGUUAUCAGAUGAUGGAAAUAUACCAAAGGCUCCUUUAGUAUUUGAAGCAGAUGCGCCCAUGAACAUCAACUGCGAAGAUAACGGAUUUCCAGAUACUAGUAAUCUUUUGUGCUCUCCAGCGCCUCUGGCUGUAAUUACACAUAAUGCAAUCAUGGGAUCAGGUAGUAAACCAGAUAUGGAGUCUCCAGCUGCUCCUGUGUACUCUCUACUGACUCCGCUUGUGACUGCGAGAAAAGCCUGA